AUGGCGUCAGUCGUGAAGCUCGACUUCUCCCAAUUCACUCACGGCAGUGCCAAAGAUAGAAAGAAGUUUGGCGAUGAGCUAGUCAAAGCUCUCAACAAGUCGGGGUUUGUCAAAUUGUCCAAUCAUGGCCUUUCCGACCAAGAGGUUGAGGAUGUCAUGCAAAUAUCGCGCGACUUUUUUCAUCUGCCGCAGUCAAAAAAGCAAGAGUUAGCUUGCCCUCCUGGACCAAACCCUCAGCGUGGAUGGACCGGUCCUGGAUCUGGUGAAUACGUGGCGAAGACGAGAAAAGAAAAUUACGAGGGCCUGGAUGUGAACAAGCUUAUAGACGCGAGGGAACAUUUCGACGUGGGGCCAGAGGACGACACCCAAUUCCCAAACAGGUGGCCCUCUGACCAAGACGUUCCAGGGUUUCGUGAAAAGGCUACCAGGCACUACCAGACCUGCAGACGGAUCGCGCUCCAGAUUCUGGAAGGCAUUGAAGUCGGGUUAGAUCUACCUGGCAUUUUCGUUAAUCGAUGCCGUACAGAUGCCAGCGAGUUAUGUAUCAAUGUGUACCCAGAAAUCCAGGCAGAAAAGAUCGACGACUACACCAAGCGCAUUUGGCCUCACACCGACUACGGGGUUAUAACGUUGCUUUUCCAAGACGGAGUCGGCGGGUUGGAAUUGGAAAACCAAGACGCGCCCGGCACGUUUUUGCCAGUUACCCCUACACCUCCCGGCGAAUCUAUCGAAAUGGUUGUCAACGCCGCCGACUGCUUCGAGCGGUGGACGAACGGGUUCAUAAAAGCUGGACUGCACCGCGUCACCACCCCCUGCCAUGUCACCGAGGGAAAAGUUGUGCUGCCAGAGAGGUGUUCACUAGCCUACUUUUUGAAGGCCACCCGGGACACAAUGGUGGGACCACUGCCUCAGUUCGUCUCUGAAGCAAACCCUGCGAGGUUUGAGGAAAUGACGGCGUUGGAAUUCCAGCAGCUGCGAAAUGCAGUGCUAUACUGA